AUGCCAAGGAUCACAUUGACGUCGCACGCUUCGACGAUCCCAGCUCCCUCUUCUUUGACUGUGACCGGCAACCGUGCCCUAAUUGAACCCCGCGCUCCAUCACUGUUGAAAACGGACGCUUUGUGCCCAUCCGACGAGUCCAACACCCCCUUGGACCAGAUCUCAAGUCAAGCGCGAGGAGACCCUGAUCUCCCUCAAAGAACUGAGGCAGUCGUACAGCCUUCAGCGGCCCCUCAAGCGAUCCCCCAGCCCUUCUUGGGGCCGCAGUUGGAAAGGCCUCCCAAGACCGAGCCCAGCGACACUCCACCGCAUUCUUGGGCCGGCUCGUUGUCAGUGGUCCCCGCCUCGCCUUCAGUCCCUAUCUUACGUAACCCCGCCCCUGGGCUUCCUCCAUUGCCUCCACCGCUGUCGCCGCCGCGAGGCCGCACAAGCACUCGUUCCUCGCGAAGUUUGCCUGGCGGACAGUCACAACAGUCGCCUUCGUCCGCGGGCAGUCCUCCGUUCCCCUCGUCGCCGGUAAUGUCGUUGCCAGCACCCCCUCCCGAUAAGGAGAUGUUGAAGCUUCUCCUUCCUCUCCGAUAUGAUGGCAAAACGGUUGUCGAAUGCAACCGCUUCAUCUCCCAGUUGCUCAUUUACUGGGCAAUCAAUACGACCCUCUCCACUGUCGAGUUGAAGGUCCAAGUUGCCCUCAGCCUCCUCGAUGGUGACGCGCGAGCCUGGGCCACUCCCAUCUUUGCCCAGCUCGCCGCUGUCCAGAUUGGAACUCAGGGAGCCACGAUUCCGUUCACCGACGAAGCAGCCUUUCUCACGGUGUUCAAGGCUCGCUUCGGAAAUCUUGACGACGCCGCCGCUGCACAGGUAGAGCUCACCAAGCUCUGCGCUGACAAAACUGUGCGCGAGAAGCGCACCGCCGCAGAAUUCUCUGCACUGUUC